UUUUAAUACAAAAUCGAAGUAGAAUAUAAUAGAUUCAUUCUUAAAUCAAUAUUGUUCAGAAAAUGGCGUCUCUACGCUUUGUGGUCACAGUGGUUGCUGCUGUGGUAGCGAGCUUCAUAGUUUAUGCUUCGGGCGAUGCGGCGCUGAGAGAAAGGAUAAUAAAAGCAGAAAGCAUCUGUGAAAAAGUGGAUUGUAGAGAUUCCUGCAUUUACCAAUACUUUGGAGUCAUAGACAAGGACGGGAAAUACGUCGAGAGCAAAGCAGUUGAAAUGAUGGGCAUUGCGAUAGAAAAAAAAAUGUUGAAUGAAACACAAGUCGCCCAAAUCGCUAAACAUUGCAACUCUGUAAACAAAGACAUGAUGACCGGCUGUGCGCGGGGUCGUCAGGUGAAUAUGUGCAUCGAAUUCUUAAUAAGAGAGGCAUCCGGAAGAACUCCGGAACAAAAUUACGUGCCCAAGAAGUAUAACGUACCACGAAACAGAGAUUACUAAAUCUAACUUCACUUUAAGAAAAUGAAAUGAAAUGAAAAUGAAAUAUUUAUUUUUCAAGUAGGCAUAUUACAAUGCGCACAUGAACGUCAAAUAAAGCUACGCCGGCUCUAACCCUACGUCUCAGCCUCGAGAAGAUUUCAGUCCCCCCUCAUUUGGGAGGGGGGAAUCCACCAUGGGCGGGCCACUUCUUUUCAAAACAUUACAUCUUAUCAUGUAAUACAGUCUUAUAAUCAA